CGUGGCGUCCCAGCCGUGUCCACCGCUCUCCGCCUCUCUCGGAGGCUCGAUCCCAGGCUGACCGGCGGUAUAAGCGUGGCCCGGCCGAGUCCUAGCUAGCAUCGCACCUACGUACUAUUGCAUGAUGAUGGACGCCCGCCUCCGCCGCCUCGUCUUCCUCCUCCUCCUCGCGGCCGCGGCGCCGCUGGCCACCGCCCAGCUCUCACAAGAUUUCUACAAGACGUCGUGCCCCGACGCCGAGAAGAUCAUCUUCGGCGUCGUCGAGAAGCGGUUCAAGGCGGACCCCGGCACCGCCGCCGGCCUCCUCCGCCUCGUCUUCCACGACUGCUUCGCAAACGGCUGCGACGCGUCCAUCUUGAUCGACCCGAUGUCGAACCAAGCCUCCGAGAAGGAGGCCGGUCCCAACAUCUCCGUCAAGGGCUACGACGUGAUCGAGGAGAUCAAGACGGAGCUGGAGAAGAAGUGCCCCGGCGUGGUGUCGUGCGCGGACAUCGUGUCGGUGAGCGCCCGCGACUCGGUGAAGCUGACGGGAGGGCCCGAGUACUCGGUGCCCCUGGGGCGGCGCGACUCGCUCGUGUCCAACCGCGAGGACGCCGACAACCUGCCUGGCCCGGACAUCGCGGUGCCCAAGCUCAUCGACGAGUUCUCCAAGCAGGGCUUCAACCUCGAGGAGAUGGUCGCCAUGCUGGGCGGCGGCCACAGCAUCGGCAUCUGCAGGUGCUUCUUCAUCGAGACCGACGCGGCGCCCAUCGACCCCGGGUACAAGAAGAAGAUCAGCGACGCCUGCGACGGCAAGGACUCGGGCUCCGUCGACAUGGACUCCACCUCGCCCAACACCUUCGACGGCAGCUACUUCGGCCUCGUCCUGGAGAAGAAGAUGCCGCUCACCAUCGACCGCCUCAUGGGGAUGGACUCCAAGACGGAGCCCGUGGUGCAGGCCAUGGCCGACAAGAAGACCGACUUCGUCCCCAUCUUCGCCAAGGCCAUGGAGAAGCUCAGCAACUUGAAGGUUAUCACGGGGAAGGACGGCGAGAUCAGGAAGGUGUGCUCCGAGUUCAACAACCCGCAGAACAGCAGCAGCAGCUCGUCGGUGAUACGGACCAGCUCCGUCAACGCCGACGAGGUGGCCGGCCUGUCGUCCUCGUCCAGCAGGAAGGUGGGCCCUCCCGACGCGGUGGAAACACCCGCCAUGGUGGCGGAUGAGGCGGCCGCCAAGGUUCCCGGCGGUGUCGUCGUCAGCGUCGGGGGAGACCAGCAGCAGCCGCCAAACCCGGAAGCCGAUAGGCCCGGCCUGAAGCUCCGCGGCAGCCGCGAACCUGUGAACCCGGCGGCCCCGGUGGAGCCCGGCCCCGGCGGCGAGGAUGCUGCCAAGCAGCAGGCGGUGGCGGCCCUGGAGGAGAAGAAGAAGAGGAACAUGGCCAAACUCCGGGCCGCCCAGGCCAAGAUGUAGAUGGGUCAUCGGAGUAGGCGUUCGGCCGGGGUGCCUGCCUGCCACUGCCAUGCCAGUGCCGCCGCCGUGAGCGCCGCCACAGGCCAAGCAGCUGUAGGUCAGGGGACAGGCACGCGCCGCGCUCCCGUCAUCAUCUUCCCACCCAGAUUUUCUUUUGUGUUUCUCACUCUCUGUCUUUCGUUUGCGCUAGAAGAAGGGACGAUCGACCAACGUACCGCAGCUGAGUACGCUAGGUCUAAUUACGCAACUGUCGUGUCGAGUUUUUAAUAGCGACCAUGCAUCACUUGCAAAACCCCCCAGAUCAAUUUUUUUUCAUUUAUUUCUUUCUUUUGAUACGAUUCGAGGCAAAGUCUGUAUGUUGUGUUGUGGCACCGCUUAUAUUAGGGUGCCAACAAGUAUAAAAUUGUAAUGUACCAAUUUUCUGCUCUGCGCAGAGAGAUAUAUAUACAGCAAGUUUUUCUUCAUAGAACAA